CUCUUUACAUAACGGCGCGGGGCGGCAUGGGCUCGGGCCACCGCCUCCGCCCGGCCUCCCGCCCGGACUGUCGCGGCCCGCGGUGGAGACGGCGGCCUCAGCAAAGUUUCCCCGGUGGCGGCCCGGAGGCGCAUCCUCCCGCAACUGUCAAGCGCUGGCGGCGGAAAUGAUGAGGCGCUGGCCAUUUUCCGAGCCCGGGUUUCCUGCCUGAGACCCGCUCGAGCGAGCCGCGAGCCAGGAGCCGGCGCGCGGGAGAGAACGCGCCCGGGGCGAGGGCCCUCCCGCCCCCUCGGGAUUUCGGGGGGCCGGGGGCGCGCGACGCCAUGGGCCGGCCGGGCCCGGACCCCCUCUCUUUCAGCCCGGCCGCUCUACCUUGGUCUCCACCAUGAACGGGCCCACCUUGCAGUCCUCCUCGGCCUCCUCCGCAUCCUCGGCGGCGACGGCCCCAUCCCCACGAGGCUGGAGCGAGUUCUGCGAGCUGCACGCGGUGGCCGCAGCCCGGGAGCUGGCCCGGCAGUACUGGCUUUUCGCCCGCGAGCACCCGCACCACGCGCCGCUGCGCGCCGAGCUCGUGUCGCUGCAGUUCACCGACCUCUUCCAGCGCUACUUCUGCCGCGAGGUGCGCGAGGGCCGGGCUCCCGGGCUGUCGGGCACCCGGGCCGCCGCCCCCACGCGCGACUACCGUGAGACUGUCCGCGGGCCCCCGGCCAAGGCCGAGGCGUCGCCAGCCGAGCCGGGCCCCGCCGCCCCAGCCCCCGCCCCCGGCCUGCCCAAGGCCCGCAGCUCGGAGGAGCUGGCCCCGCCGCGGCCGGCCGCCGCCUGCUCCCUCCAGCACCUGCGCCACGGUCUCCGCCACAUCUUCCGCCACCGCUCGGCCGGGGAGCUGCCCGCGGCCCCCAGCGCGGCCGCGGCGGAGGCAGGCGAGGCCCCGGCCAGGCCCGGCCUGGCCAGGAAGCUCCUGCCCUGGAGCCUGGCCCGGGAGCCGCCACCCGAGGCCCUCAAGGAGGCGACGCUGCGGUACAGCCUGGCCGACGAGGCUUCCAUGGACAGCGGGGCGCGCUGGGAAAGGGGGCGGCUGGCGCUGCGGCGCGCGGGCCCAGACGGCGCGGACCGCCUGCUGGAGCUCUUCGACCCGCCCAAGAGUUCAAAGCCCAAGCUACAAGCAGCCUGCUCCAGCAUCCAGGAGAUUCGGCGAUGCACACGUCUCGAGAUGCCGGACAACCUCUACACCUUUGUGCUGAAGGUGAAGGAUCGGACAGACAUCAUCUUUGAGGUGGGAGAUGAGCAGCAGCUGAAUUCAUGGAUGGCCGAGCUCCGGGAGUGCGCAGGCCAAGGACUCAGCACAGACCCAGAGAUACAUAUUCCCUCAGCCUUAGAGCCCGGCACAUCUAACUCUCCAAGGGGAAGCACAGAUUCCUUGAACCAAGGUGCUUCUCCUGGGGGGUUGCUGGAUCCAGCCUGCCAGAAAACAGAUCACUUCCUGUCCUGCUACCCCUGGUUCCAUGGUCCCAUCUCCCGAGUGAAGGCAGCUCAGCUGGUUCAGCUGCAGGGCCCUGACGCUCACGGAGUGUUCCUGGUACGGCAGAGUGAGACCCGGCGUGGGGAGUACGUGCUCACCUUCAACUUCCAGGGCAUGGCCAAGCACCUGCGCCUGUCACUGACCGAGCGGGGCCAGUGUCGUGUGCAGCACCUCCGCUUCCCCUCGGUUGUGGACAUGCUCCAGCACUUCCAGCGCUCACCCAUCCCACUCGAGUGCGGGGCUGCCUGUGACGUCCGGCUGUCCAGCUAUGUGGUAGUCGUCUCCCAGCCACCAGGUGUGACCCUAGUGCCCCUUGAUAAAGGGGGUGGCGGCACUGGGAACCAAGGCCUCGUGUUGUGUCCCUCCAACGCUUGCCUCCACCCCGGUAAGACUGACAGUGUGGUCUCUCUCUUGGUCACUUGUCCCCCAGGUUCCUCCAACACUGUCCUGUUCCCUUUCUCCCUCUCUCGCUGGGAUUCAGAGCUGGGCCUUCCCCACCUUAGCGCUUCUGGCUGUCCACGGGGGCUCGGCCCAGAGGGUCUCCCAGGCCGGUCCUCUCCCCCAGAGCAGAUCUUCCACCUGGUGCCUUCGCCUGAGGAACUGGCCAACAGCCUGCGGCACCUGGAGCCCGAGCCCACCAGUCGAGCCCGGGACUCGGACUAUGAAAUGGACUCCUCCUCCCGGAGCCACCUGCGGGCCAUAGACAAUCAGUACACGCCUCUCUGACAGGCCUCCCAGAGGCCCUCGAGAAGCACAAGCAAGCAGAGAUGUGAACUUCUGAAUGUAACUUUCUUUCCUUCCUUCCAGAGAGAGAUUUAAGGGACACUGUUAACUGUUCACUCCAGUUUGGAUGUGACCCUUCAAUUAGGCCUGUUAAAGGGCCUCCUAGAAGUUCCAUUCUCACCUGGCUUUCUCCUUAUUGUUUACAGAUGUAGUUCUUGUUCGUGGAUGUCGCCAGCUCCUGCCCUGGGUCCCUAGGACCAGGCCCCAUCACUCGUAGAGGGGGCAGUGGGGUGAGGGCUGGAGUUGGCAGUGGAAACUUGUUCUCUUUUUCACUGACACUGUCCCAGCUGGCAGACUUUCUACUUGGGGAGGCGGGAGGGGGGCCCAUCAGGAAGCCCAAAACACUAACAAGCCCUGGAUUCUCCUGUGGUUUUUCCCGUUAUAGCUUCAGUCCACGUGGUGGGUCUGCUGUACCCAAGCCACAGGUGACCACACCUAUCCUGCUUCGACUCAACUUUAGGACAAAGUUCUGGCAGAUGGACAAGCUAAAGGUCAAAAAUGAUUUUAAACAUUUUUACCUCAGAUUAAUUUUUCAAAGGAUUCAGGUUUCAAAAUUAAACCACUGCUUAUUUCAUUGCACUGUUUGAACUAAUACCCAUGCGAUUUUUGUAGUCAGAGACAGCUAUGCAAAUCCUACUGGACCAAUUCCUGCUUUGAGCCAGCAUGCCUGGCUUCUUUGUCUAUAUUGCAUCCUCAGGAUAGCCACCUGUUGCCGAGGAGCCACUGUCCUUCCUAAAUGUAGAGAAGUGAAGUGUGUCACCCUUUCAGGGAAAUUCAGGCAAUUACUGAAACAGGAGGGUGGCAGGGAACAAUUCCACCCUGGUGCCUUAUGAAUAAAAAACUGGAUUCUGGUUUACAGCAGCUUUAUGGUGAGAGUUAAACUGAGGGGUAAGCAAAAAGGAAUAAAGGGCUGCUGGGCCCUUUCUAGUAAAUCCUUCACCAACAGGGCUGGCUCGGAGCCUCCAAGUGUCUAAAGGCUUAUUAAAUUAUCCCACAAGGUUUUAGCUCAUUCUUAAGCCAAAAUGGAAGCUAGGAAUCUGGUGCCACAGCUACUGAGAAACUCCUUGAAUAGCCCACAAUCAGUGUUCUAUUCCACCAGU